UCAAUGUUUCAGUUACUUACGUAUAUUGCAGCUAGCAUAAGAACCAUGGAGGCUAGUAACCACUCCACAGGCACUAUGAUGACCAUGGAUACAGAAGCUUUGCCAACACACUCGACACAAAUCAGGACUGUGAGUCGCUUCAGGGAAGCGUUACCUCAGGUGCUGGCCAUGUGUGCUGCAAACAUGAUGAUGGUGAACCUGGCACUGCCCUUCUCACUGUCCACUCUCGUUAUCGCCAGCUUACACCGCUCAGGGGUGGAUCUCUCCAUGGAUGAUACAGUGGCUUCCUGGUUUGGUAGUCUGCCGUUCUUCUGUCAGCCAAUUGGGAGCCUGGCGUCCGGGUUCAUAGUACAAUGGCUUGGCCGGAAGAGGUUCCUGAUGAUCAUCAACAUCCCAUAUUUUGUGGGCUGCAUAUUGAUUAGUACGGCCCCCUCGAUCACCGUACUCGUUCUCGCUAACACGCUGCUAGGCACUACGGUCGGCUUGUGUGAGGCCCCCCUCAACAGCUAUUUUGGCGAGAUCUGUCAGCCAAGCCUGCGCAGUAUCCUGACAGGCAGCGGAGCAAUUUUCUACCAGGUGGGGAUGUUCACGCUGUUUGUUCUGGGCAGCAUGACGAGCUGGAGGACCUCGGCAGGAAUUGUGGCCGUGAUCCCGAUAGUCACCAUAUUAAUGCUGAGUAUGGUUCCAGAAUCUCCAAUAUGGCUGGUAUCCCAGGGACGAACAAAGGACGCAGAAGCCGCCUUGUGCUGGUUAAGAGGAUGGGUAGAUGAAAGCGCAGUACAAUUCGAACUGGAAAAAUUAGUGAAAUACCACGAAACCGCAACAAAGAAAUCUGCUCAGAGACUGAGAAAAAAUACGGCGAAGAACAUUCCAUUAGAAUUACAAAAAAUGUCAAAUUACAAACAGAGUCCAGAACUAACGAGCCUGUUGCCAUGUACCGAUGUUAAACUGUUAAACGAUCAACAGGAAAUGAAUCAAGCGACGGAUGACAACGUCCAUCUGCCUUCAGAUAAAGACGGAAGUCCAAUAGUAGGAAUUGAUCUGGCAAAGGGAAUGGCGACUGUAGUAAGCCGUGACGAAAGCGAGUUCAUGUCUUCAGGUAAAGAGGAAGUGAUCGGAGAAGAGUUGUCGCCGGAGUUCGCUAUUAUUGGAGGCCAUGAUGGAGAUAGAAGACUGUCCAAGCCCGCGGCAAUUAUCAGGAUGCUUCUAGAAAGGGAAACGCUGCGUCCACUGUUUCUUACUGUAUCUUUCUUCUCGUUCUACGCAUUCGGAGGAAUACCGUCCGUUAGGCCGUUCCUGGUGGAAGUUGUCGAAAGCUUUCAUUCUCCCAUUGAGAGCUCAUGGAGCACGGUGAUGAUGGCGACAGCCGCAUUCAUGGGUAGCGUGCUGAUGAUCGGCUCAGUAAACAGGCUCGGGAAGCGAAUACUGGCGCUGGCAAGCACGGCUGUCUGCGCCCUGUCAUGCCUGCUCCUUGGGCUGUACGGGUACCUGUUCAUCGCCCCAGUCACAAGAGUCUCGGAAGAUGAGAACGUCCUGGCAGCCACCUGGGUGCCACUGAUGUUGCUAGCAGUUCUGUUCUUCUCCAACGCCAUUCAAGGGGAGAUACCGUGGCUUCUCGUUGCAGAGGCCUUCCCGUUCAGGACGAGGGGAUUUGCCAGCGGAAUGGCUGCAGCUGUUAGCUACUUUAUGUCCUUCUUGGGCGCUAAGACAUUCCUCAACAUACAGCAGAGUCUGCAGCUGUACGGUUCUUUCUGGCUCUACGGCGCAGUCAACAGCUUCUGCUUCGCCUUCCUCUACUUCCUGCUUCCAGAAACAGAGGGAAAGUCCCUUGAGGAUAUUGAGCGAAUCUUUGCCGGUAGCAGUCCCGUCAAAGCAACACGCUGAACGGCGUCAACAGUAAACAUAAAGGGAGUACAUCGCUCUAACGUACAGAGCAGGCGAGCGGACCAGCUGGCAGGGCAUCGCAGUUUUUCCAGUACAUGAUAUUAUAACCCCUGAAUUAAAAUCCAGCAACCAGCCCCGUAAUAGCAGGGGUGUAAAUCCCACUACUUCCCGAUGAUGAAAUCUAAUUAGCUCCCUGUAGCUAUACGCACAGAUAUGAGACGAAACAAAACUAAUCCUGUGUAUAUACGUGCAAUUAAAACAUGUAAAGGUAGCUGUGUUCCUCUGUCACAGCACAAACUACCCAACCGAUUUCGAUAAAGCAUAGUAUUAUAUAUACACGUUAAAUGUUGACAAGAUGUUAUGGUUUAGUUUGGAUAAUUUAAUAAACAAUAUAUUCUCACAUCAA